AUGCUUACAGAAUUAAAUAAAACCCAAGUUGAACAUUCACUCAUGGGAGAAACAAUCUAUGAUGAAAAGGUGCCUAAAGGAGCUCUGUUACCCUUGAAUGAACAAUUUAAAAAAUAUUUAGAACAUGGUGAUAAUUUGAAUAGUUUUAUUAAUAAGCUCACCUUACGAAAAAAUGACAAUUCAAGUAUCUCUCAUUUUGUACAAGGGAAUCUUUGGCGACAGAAAACAUUGCAGUAUGUUGGAAAAUUAGUUUUUCCUUUUUUUUUGUACAUGGAUGAUGUGGAAAUAAACAAUCCUUUAGGGUCUCAUGCAAUGUCCCAAUCAAUAUCUGCAAUUUACUAUAGUUUUCCACUUGCGGAAAACAGUUCUCAACUCUCAAAUAUUUUCCUGGCUGCACUUAUAAAAACCACUGAUUAUAAAAAAUUUGGAAACGAACCAUGCUUAACACAUUUAAUACAGGAAAUAAAUGUUCUUGAAAAAGAAGGAAUAAUAGUUACAACACCAAGCGGAGAGUUUCAUGUGCAUUUUAUUCUAGGUUUAAUAUUGGGUGACAAUUUAGGAUUGAACACUAUGCUUGAUUUUAGUAAAUCUUUCUCAGCAAACUACUACUGUCGUUUUUGCAAAGCUAGUAAAUCUGAAGCUUUAGAACUAUUUGUUGAAAAUAAACAAUUACUGCGCACAAUUAACAAUUAUUCAAAUGAUAUAAAUACAAAUGACUUUAAAAGUACUGGGAUUUAUCAAGAGUCUGUUUUAAAUCAAAUUUAUAGUUUUUAUGUUGUAACUAAUUAUUGUGUAGAUGUCAUGCAUGACAUAUUUGAAGGGAUAUGCCAUUACGAUAUCUGUCAUGUAAUUUUUUAUUAUACGCAAACUGUUAAAUUAUUUUCUUUGGAAAAAUUAAAUAAUCGAAAAACCACAUUUCACUAUGGUCCAAUAGAAGUUGGUAAUAUUUCACCCGAAAUUACAUUAUUACAUUUACAAAACAAUCACUUAAAAAUGUCUGCACGAGAAGUAAUGACAUUUAUACAUUUUUUUCCUCUGAUGAUAGGAUACUUAAUUCCUGAAGAUGAUGAGGUAUGGAAUUUUGUAAUUAUUUUGUUAAAAAUAGUUGAGUUAUUAUUGUCUUACAAAUUUACAGAAAGCUCAAUAAUAUAUUUGGAACAGUUAAUUAAAGACCAUAAUUUUUUAUACAGCCAACUUUUUAAUGAUAGACUAAAGCCCAAACAUCAUUUUUUGAUACACUACCCUAAUAUAAUACGUGAAUCAGGACCACCUCGACAUUUUUGGUGUUUUCGUUUUGAAGGAAAACAUAAGGAGAUAAAAAUGUAUGCACGUUCAAUAACAUCAAGAAAAAAUAUAACACUAACACUUGCAAAAAAAUUUCAAAUUAAAUUUGCCUAUCUACUUAUGCAGCCAAAAAAAGAUGAUUUGGUAUUGAAUUUUAAACACAAAAUUAAAGAAAGUCAAUUUGGCAAAUUAAUAAGUGAUAAAUAUAAAAUAACACCUAACCAGUAUGAAUGUUAUAAUAAAAUUGAAUACAAGGGCACUAAUUACAAAGAAGGAUACUACUUAACCAGGUUUAUUUAUGAAAUGUGUCUAUUUAAAAUUAUAGAAAUAAUAGUGAUUAGUAACAUUAAAAUAAUUAUUUUGACCAAACAAAUACAAUUAAAUGGUUUUCAUUCUCACUUAGAAGCCUACGAAGUAGAUUUCAAUGAGCAUAUCAUUUUAAAUCCAGUUUUUAAUGAAAUAAAUGACUUUAAUGGACUACCAAUAAAUGUAGUUAAUACUUCAAUAGGCAAAAAAAUGUUCAGAACAAAAGAGUAUUUUAUGUAA